AAGCUUGCUGUUUUCUUCAAACUUUUCUCCUCGCAUUCUUUCUUCUCCCCGCAAGCGCUCCUCAAAAGCUUUGAGACGACCUACUACAUCUUCAUACCUUGUGUUAUUUAGAUCGAGAACUUGUUCAAGUGUUGCGGAGAGCUGAAGAAACUUGCUUGGAAGACAGGAUAGAAACUUCUUCACUAACUUUGCUUCCUCUAUCGUAUGGCCUAGUGAUGCAGCUGUACCUGCAAACUCUGAUAAUUUUCCUGAGAAUGUAUCUAUAGAGUCAUUAUCCUUCAUUCUUAGAUGAUCAAACUCAAUCAUCAGUGUGUGCAGACGAGCUUCUAUCACUCGAUCGGCUCCAACAUUCAUUGUUUUUAACACCUCCCACAUACCUUUAGGAGAGUCUUGAUCACCAACUUGCAAAAUUAGGUUCUCUGGAAUACCUUGAAACAAGAGAACCGUAGCUAGGUCAUUCUUCUUUUGGUCCUUUGAUCCUGGAUCAAUAGUUUCCCAUACCUCAUGAAACCUUAAUAGAACCUUCAUUCGUAAAGACCAUACAGCAUAGUUGGUUGUUGUGAGCAUUGGAGUUUUGACAGAGGGUGAUAUUGCGUUUGUCUUCAUUGUCGGUUUUAUGUCUGAAUCACUCAUGAUUUGUGUCUUGUUUCUUGAUCAACCUGGUUGCUCUGAUACCAAAUAAAGUCGCAGACUCUGAGCUUUGAUAAGAACGUAUGAACAGAACACAAACACAAACUUAAUAAAACUGUUGCUUUGUUUUAUUUAUCUUUCUUAACUUUCUUUUCUUUUUCUUAUGAGAUCAUCUUACACUUUGAUCUCUUUAUAUAGGCAAUAGGAACCUUAACUUUUAUCCUAUUACAUGUUGAUCUAGGAAUCUUAUCUUUAACUUAUCUUAAUCCUAAAUCUAAUAGAUUUUGUUAUUCAUCUUUCCUUUUUUAUGAAUAACUUGUUUCCUAAGCUUUCUCUUGAAGCUUAUCCAACAGACGGGACACUAUGAAAUUAUGUCACUAUGAAAAUUAGUUAGUUACAUGAUUACAUUAAAGAUAUAAUGGAGCUUAUCAAGAUAUUUUUGAAAAUUUAUCAAUAGGCAAUAUCGUUUUAUAAUUUUGUCAGUAUUUAAUUAAUUAGCACAUAUAGAGUUAUUGUCGUAAGAGGGUGAGGUGUAUAGAACAUGAUAACGUCACGUUUGCAUGAUUGAUUCAUGUUUCUGUGAUAACGUCACGUUUGCAUGAUUGAUUCAUGUUUCUGUCACUCAUCUACGUUGAAAUAUUAACAAAAACAAGAGUGGAGCAUACAAAUUUCCUGUAUAAGGUAAUCAUGUUUCCUUUACUAAAUGACAUAUAUAUAUGUAUGAAAACAUUUUCUUACAAAGAAAAUUUGGGUCACAAAUAUUUAAAGUUUGUUGUGACUUGUGAGCUAUCUUCACUCGCAAUCCAAUUCUGUUUUGAUUAGAUGAUAUGCAUAUGUCUUCUACACUUGCCCCUAGAUGAUCCUUGCAACGACUACAUAAUGGUUUGUGAAAAGUCUUGCUUUUUUUAUUAAAUACUAUAAUUUCAUUAGAAUACGAGGAUUACAGAAGUUAAUCAAGGAUCUACACCAAUCAAAAGGAAGCCUAAACAAAAAGGUGGCUAAGUCUAAAAUAAAAGUCUUGGUAAAAGGUGGCUAAGUCUAAAAUAAAAGCCGGCCCUAAAGAAUGUUCAAUGAAACAUUUGCGACAGUUCUCUAAUUCUUUUUUAAAAAAUUACAUACAAAUAGAUUAAAAAAAAUUAAACUUCUAAAUUUGUAAAAAAAAAAAAAUAUAUAGAUACAUACACAAACUCCCAAAAUUUCAGGGCCGGUCUCAAAGAAAAAAACCAAACAGCAAUAUAUGAUUGAUAAAGAUCCUCCUAAACCACAUUUCUAGCAAUGAGCUUUGCACCAAGAAUAUUGUGAUGGUCAUUCAAAGUAAAAUAAAAAGGGUUCUAUUAAGAUGAUGAUGAACGAUCGAUGAUUAUGUCAGAUGAUUAAAAUAAAAGUAUAUGCUUUGCUUAGGGUAAGUAGUGAAGCUAGCUAGUUGGCAAGUAAUGGCUUCUUUUGGCGGCCAAGCAAUUCUCUCUCUUUCACACAUACAAUCUUCAACUCCAAGACUUAAAUCAGUUCUUCAUAUAUUCAAUUAUUAUCUAUUGAUAUAUAUGAUUAUAAAAUUGUGAUCCUAGCUUCACAAUACACUCAAAAAUAUUCGUCUUAGUAAUCUGUUAUAUAUUAUCAACACGUUAUGAAUAAAUAUUCAUAGAGCCAAGGAAAAACUAACUAUUUAGAGUCGAAUGAAUAAAAGUUGGAUAAAAAACUCAUUAUUUUUUCAUACUUUUGUGGAAUCUUUAUCAAAUUCAUAAUUGUUCUAUCACCGAGUUAUUGGUAUACUACAGUACAUAAUCAUAUAGGACAGUAUGGCAAAUUAUUAUUUUCAUUUAAAAUGUUAAGAAACUGAGAUAACAGAGGUUACUUCACCAAAUACACAUUAUUAGCUAAUCACAAGCUUAAUAAUGGAUUGAUCAAUCAACUGGAUGAUCAAAAUAAAAAUCAAUGUAUCUUAGAAAGAGGCGCAAACAUAGGAAGUUAUAUUAUAUAUUAAAUUUGUUAUAAAAAUAUUAUUAAAUUAUAAUAUAACUAUGAUCAUGAUCCAUAGUUGUGUGUUGCCUCAACUUCACAUGAACUGCUCACCUCAAAAUUUGAUUGCUUUUUCACUUUCCAAUUGAUUAGCUUAAUUAAUCAGCUAGUUAAGUUCAGUGCACACAAUCCACAAUGAUUAGUGGUAUAUGAUACAAGUUUAUAAAUUGAAUUAUAUUUCAAAUUAAGUCAUAUAUAUAUAUGUACAUAUUUAUAACUCAUGACAAUAGACAAUUAAAAUGGCGUGAGAUAUUUAGAAAAUGCAGUUCAGUUUUUUUCUCUAAAUAUGAUACUACUUUACAUUUUGCCAACUGUCAUAAUUUAUUUUGAAAUUUAUGCACUCAAAUUAUAGAAUGAUAUUCUUCUUGUAUCAGAAAAUAAAGUCUGAAUAACUAUACAUACGGUUGUUAAAAUACUUAUACAUACAGAUGCCUCGGCUUGUGCCACUACUUAAACUAGAUUUCAUUUAUCCAUCCAAUUUUUCUACUAAGACAAGUGCUGAUAUUGAAUUUAAUUUUUGUUAUUGUUAAGGUAGUAGUAGUACCAAGAUAUGGAAAUUAUAAGGAUGAAAUGGAGAAGUUUCAUGAGUAAUCAAGUUUAACAAAUACUAAUUAAAUUUUAUAUGAUCCAUAAUACAAGCAAAACAAUGUUAACCAAAUAAAGAGAAAAUUAAUUUAAACAGUGGAAAGAAGAAAAAAACAAGAGGAGAGAAAGAAGUGGUUCCAGGCUUGCAAAUCUAAACUUCCAGAAAGGAAUCCUUCACCAAAAGUUUUUUGGGGUUUGCUUCUUUUCUUAUCCUUUCUCUUACCCUUCAUUACAUAUAUACUCUAUUUACAAUACAAGAGUUUUGUGCGUAUAAACAAGUACAACCACAAAUAUACAUAUAGAGAGAUACUCAGACAUAUAAACGAAACACACCAAACAAUACUUCUCUCCAUAUAUACAUAUCUCUCUUGUGUUCUUGAAACAUACCAAAUUAACAGGGGAGUAUCAUGACAAGUGUUCAUGAGGAGACGCGUCUAGUACUCCUCAUCAAGGGCAAACGUACCAAACGUCAGCGAUCUGUGUCCCCGCAUAUGAACGCAGAAGCAAUGUCCAGCGUUUGCAAAGAGGAACGAUCACUGGAGGCAAGAGAAGGAGUUGGUGAAAUCGAAUUCCGGGGAGCUACGGACGAAGACCAAGACAUGGCGAAUUGUCUAAUGUUGUUGUCGCAAGGACAUAAAUCAAACACUAGUGGAGAUCCUUUGUUGACGCAGAAAAUUGGUUUCUUGAGCAACAAGAAACCGGUGGCCUCUCUAGGGUUAGGGCUAAACGGUGUUUACCAGUGCAAAACGUGUGAUAAAAGCUUCCACUCGUUUCAAGCGCUAGGAGGGCACAGGACUAGCCAUAAGAAGCCUAAACUCGGAGCAAUCAUUCUCAAAUGCGGCGAGAAGAAAUCUGCGUCUGCGGUUAAAACAGUAGAAGCUGCGAGAGUUGUAGGAAGCUUUCUUUCUCUGCAAGUAACUAGUAGUGAAGGUACCAAGAAACAGGAAAAAACACAUGAAUGUUCGAUCUGUAAGGCCGAGUUUUCUUCGGGACAAGCCUUAGGAGGACAUAUGAGGAGACAUAGAGGUUUAACAUUGAAUGCAAAUGCUAACUCAACAACCAGAACAGAGAUAUCAUCAAGUCAUCAUCAAGAAUCUAUACGGGAAAAGAACUUUAUAGAGCUAGAUCUGAAUCUUCCAGCGCCAGAAGAUGAACCCAAGUUCGUGUUUGCGUCCAAAGAUCAGAUUCUUCUCUUCGCGGCUGCAGCGUCCAAUUCUUUGAUUGAUUGUCAUCACUAAUUAAGUAGUUCUUGUAAUUACUUUCUUACCUUCAUAUGUACUCAUAAGUCAUAACCCUCCUCUUACUAUUAUUAUUAUCUAACUAAUACUGAUUCUUGUAAUUUGACAUUUAUUGAAUUAACUUCAAAUUAUUCAUUUUAACAGUACUA